AUGGAGGAACACCUGUUCAGUUAUGAAAACAUAUUUAGGAACAAGGACCUAAUUAUUGAUGAGGAGAUAAGGGAUAAAAACCAGAAGGAAAAUCGACCACCCGAUGAAGGUAAAAAAGGGGAGAUGGGUGAUACAACUUCAGGGGGAGAAGGAAGACCCAUCGAGGUCGACUACAAGGGGAAUCCAGUAGAAGCGGUGGAAGAGGCAUCAACGGAAGUGACUAGAAUGACUCACGUGGUGGAUGUCCGAUCGGAGGGGCAAGACACCACCGUUCACAGAAACAGACAAAUAGAACCCCAAUCCAAGAAGAAAAUAAAAAACGACAUAUCAUUCGUCCUCAGAAGGGAUGGGCCCAGGGGGGAACCAGCCAGUGGCAACAGUGAAAUUAAUUUUUGGUUCUCCGGAAAAGGGACCACAAUGUGCGGCGGAGCGGAUGGCCAAGUGGGAAAGGAAGACCAAACGCACAACAACAAUUUGACGACCCCACGUGGAAAUAAUCCAGAUGGGGCAACCGACGUAAAAUAUGGAAGACGCCAGGAUGGUGGAAACGGUGGAAUACAAAACGGUCCAAAUGGUGUUGAUGACGUUAUUGGUGAGUCCAAUGAGGAAAAACAGAUUCGCGGUGACCUGCGUGGGGAUGUAAUCCACCUGGAUCGCUGCAAAAAUGGGCCUAGUGAAAAAGGGGAAGAUGCUCCCAGGGGGGGAACAUCGAAGGGGAUAAGCUGGCAUGCGGUAAGUGAUAACGCAGCACGUGAUAACGGGGCAGGUGAGGCCGCUGCCACCGCCCUAUGCUUCGGAACGAACGGGACCUUCUGCUACACCAGGGGGAGAAAGGUGAAGUUCGCACCGCUUAUUUGCAUUAUGGAGAGUGGCAUUCGGACGACGAGGGAGGGUUCUCAUUCCGGUGCUGCUCCCGCACCUUCCCCAAGCCACACAUCCGCCAACCGUAGUAACAGCAUUGAAAUACGCGAUAACAGGCUAGAGGAACACGUGCACGGAAUAAGAAAUUUCCCUGGACCGUUUAGCAGGAGGACGGACAAAAUUGACAAGAAAGUAAUUAAUUUUCUGCAUGGUCAUAUGAAAAUAAAUGAAAAAAAAUAUGGAAACAAUUUGUAUGAAUACACACAGAAGAGUUGCCUCUACAAUUAUCUAUUGAAUGUGGUGAAGAGUCCCCACCUGCUGGACUUCAACCUGAAGGACGUUCGUGUUGUUAGAAGCGGGGUGAAGUCAGAUGGGGGUGAGAAGAGGCGAAAUGUUGUAUCCUACUUUGUGGAAUCGUCACGUCAGCAGGGGAAUGGCCACCAAAGUGGUAGAAGUGAUUAUUCCAAUUGUCACCACGACUGGAGUGGAAACCACCGAGCAAGUGAAAACAACCCACGGGAAAAAUCAGGGAAUCAAGAUGAUCAAAGAAGGAAUAAUCCCCCCGAUGUUGGUGAAAAGGGUGCAUUGAAUAAUAAAAGAACUGAAAUGGACGAAUUUGAAAUAACAGGGAGGGAGACAGAGAAGAGGGAGUUCUCCAGUGGGGAUCUCUACCAAGGGGAUAAUGCCAGUUGGCGCACAAGUGAGCAUUGUAGAGACGUCUCAUCAUUCAACCUAGGAAUAACAUGGAGCGAUACAAACUCAUGUGAAAAGAAGAAGGUGUUUGUACAAAAUGAGCAAUACCAAUUCAACGAUUUGGUUGAUCCACACUUCAUUAGUGCGUUCGCCAAAAUGGGGACGAAGGAAAAAAUCACAAGAGAAGACAUCUACCUGGAAUAUUACCACCUUUGUAUAUACAACAGCGAAAAGGCAGCAAGAGUAUGCAUGGAGAAAAAUUUAUUCAGGCAUUUCUUUCUCGUUUUAAAAAAAUACAAUAGGGAAAAAUAUAGACUAAUGCUUAGCAAGUACAUAAGUCACAUAGACAACAGUAUGGACCACGAGAUUGAGGUGACUGAUGGGGUGAAAAAUAUUUUUCGCAUUUAUAACCCUAGUGUGCACAGUAACAUUGUUAAGGAAGCCUUUGUCUUUUUCAUUUCUCUGCUAAAUAGGGAAAGCAUGACCUUUCAGAAGAAUAUACUGGUCGAUUAUUGGUAUUCCUUUUACGUGCUGAUUUAUCAUAACUUCCUCUUUCAGUUCGAGGAGAAUGAACUAAACUACCAGGAGUACAGGGAUGACAUUCACAUAUUUUUUUCCUUUUUAAUAAAACAGUUGUUUCUGCACGGACGUGUGACUGAGGGUCAGUUUCUCUACCUACAGUUGUAUGGCAAUCCCUGUGUUUUUAAAGUGGCUACGGAGGGGAACACCACAACCUAUAUGAAGUCCUUUCCAGUGGAAACACACCAACUGAACAAACAGGGAAUAGAGCAUUCACUGUGGGGGGGUCCCCACUUUGACGUCCUCACCUUCCAGAUGUGUGAAGUGGUAGAAUACCUGAACAGAUCCAAUGAGGACAACUUUUUUUACGAAGAUCUAAUAGAACAGAAAAUUAGGUACGCCUUUACUUUGCUAGAAUUAGGGGUUCUAGAACAAGCUAAAAAGUACAUAGAAAUUAUAUACUACUAUGUAGAUGUGAUUCGAAGCCAGAAGAAGAACUACUACUUGGUGCAUCUGUAUGAGUCUCUACUUAGUCGGGCCAAGUAUGUUCUACCAUCUCUUCGUUUACACAGUGGAGGAAUUUUCUCCACCAAUUGGACUGCCUCGAAUGAGGACCUUCCCGAGGGGGGUAUGUACAACUAUAAAGUCAUUUCGCCGCACGGGGGGGUAGGUGCUCAUAUGGGGAAUCCUACCCAGGGGAAAAAUGUGUCCCGCGAGGGAGAUUCCUACUACGUGCCUUUUUACCAGCAUAUUAAUCACAAUAAUGUUACGAUGAUCCCGUUCGGAGGGAAGAAUCCAAGCGGGUUCAACACAGAUCGUGUGGGUUCUACUUACGAGGGGGAAACAACAGGAAGAACCUCAAACCCGUUUAGAAGUAACCCUGCUUCACGACCACACAUAAGCGCACCACUUACAACCCAUCAUAAUGAGAACAAUGAAAAGGUUGUAAGUUACUCUCCUUUUAGUUUUGCUCCGACGGCGAAUAACGUUGCUACUAAGGUAGAUCAAUCCAACAUUCACCACGAUGCCUCCAACAGCAGGACGAGCAUCACCCCUGUGGAAAAUGCCCCCUACGAAAGGAACGAUGGGAAUUCAAUUUCGUCUAGCUACCACCCACCGGAAAUGGUUGCCUCAGGAGGAGCGGAGUACACCCUUGCGGAAAAGGGUAUCACCUAUGAGCAGUACAAUGGUGCCUACCAAAAUGAAGCCGCUCAAGUGAGUUACUUCUACGGGGGAGGUAAACCCAUGGCAGAAGGUGCAGUAACAAGCAACAUGCCUGACGGAGGUAACUCCACUACGAUGUCUUUCCAGCAGAUUAACAACCCGUGUAAUAGUGGCUACAAUGCGAACUGGACAGGCAAUCACAGUGGGGGAAGUACCCAGUAUGGGGGAAUGGGCAGCACCGUAGGGCAGGACAAUUUCGCCCACUACUACGAUGCGAAUUGGCAGGCGGUAUACCAAACCGCAGGAUCGUUCAAUCAUGCAACCGAUCAUGCAGUGCAGCAAGCUUCCCACCAAACAGCACACCAAAGUGCUUACCCCUUAAGUAGUAAGAACUACCCCUCAGGGGGGGCCGUGCUCUAUGGAGGUAACGCCAAACCAUCUGAACAGUCAGGUAACAGUGGACCCCCCGAAGUGACUGAAAAAAAAGAACAAACAUAUCAACCACAUGGAGAAAACAAUAUGGAUUUAAUUAACAUAGGGAAGACCUUCAUUUCAGGAUUUUUCUCAAAUAUAAAGGAGAAAAUAAAAAUGGCAGAACAAACGGAGGAGGAGGAAGAGGAGAACCUUUUUUAUUAUGACUACGAGAAGAAGCGGUGGAGGGAGAAGGGGGUGACGUCGGACGAGGAGGAAGAACGGGAGCGGCAGAAAAUGCAGCGCGAAAUGGAAAUGAAAAAUGUUGCCCCUCCUCCUCAGGCGGAGAACCCUUCCAACACGAACAAGAAGAACCCGCUGAACAUAACGGACGUGCGGAGUAGGUACGUCGACUACUUUAACUGA